CACUGUAUCAGUAUGUAUCACUUGGUUGUAAGCAGACCUGCUACUGCAACUAGCGCUGGACCAAGAUGAUUGUGCUUUUCCAAAGGAAAAAUCCACGGCAUUCUGCACAGAUACCAAGGAAAAAAUCGCCAGGUUGAAACAAAAAGAUAUUACGAACCCUCAUGAUCGCUGGUUAGAUGAAGGGUGGCUGGUGAGAGCAGGGCUACGGAAAGCGAGAAAGCUCAGCACCUUCAAGAGGAAAGAGAGAGGCAUGUUGUCACAGAGAAGUAGGGUUUCCUCAAGAGAGCCAUGGAUAACUGUGAUAUGACAAUGCCUUGUUUAAUCUCUUUGCAUGCACUAAUUGGAUGGAAAUAGCAGAUCACCACUAAGUGAAAUAAGGACCACUUUAAAUUCAACGUUUAAGUGGAAAAGAAAAAAGAAAAUCUUCAAGUCAAUGAAUAUUGUGGCAAAGGAGCCCUCACGGUGGAGUCGGCCAGUGCUGCGCUUUCCCAAAAUAUGAACAGGGGUGCUUGGAUGUGUCGGCAGCAAGAUGACGGCUUAAAAUUCUGGUUUGCACCCCGAGAGAACGAAAAACCUUUUACUGAUUCGGAAAGGGCACAGAAAUGGCGACUGUCCUUAGCAUCUCUCUUGUUUUUCACCAUCCUGCUCUCUGAUCACCUGUGGUUCUGCGCUGAGGCAAAAUUGACACGGACCAGAGACAAGGAGCUGGACAAGUUAGCAUUAACAAACAUGGGUGAUCACUUCUCAUCAGUAAGCAACAUACUUUCAUCAAAACUCCAUUCACCACACAGCAGCCUAAGUAAAGACAACAAUGCUAUUUUUAUAGGUAAUACUGCUAAACCUUUGUGGCGACUAGAAACGUGCCCUCCGCAUAGUUUAUCUAAAAACUGUUUUACUUUUGAACAUGCCGAACCUGUCUGCAGGAGCAUUGGCGAGGAGAGGGGAGAGGAAUCCACACCUUUGAAUUUAAGCGAUUUGUAUCUUUCGUUUUGUAAUUCUUAUUCUAUUUUGGAUUUGUUUAUGGGGUUCUCCAAUCCGGACAAUUUAAACUGUAGCCUGGAAGUGGUUAUGGGUGGGAAUCUACAUGGAUGCAGCCUGUGCGUCCAGGCAUACCAACGCUAUGACCAACACGCUCAGGAGAAAUAUGAAGAGUUUGAGGUUAUGAUUCAGAAAUACUUGCAAUCGGAUGGAUAUUCUGUAAAAACGUGCAUGAAGGAGUGCAAGGUAGGGUGUCUUACUUUUUCAAGGCAUUAUAACGGGUUGGUAUAUGAGUUUGGUCUUCAUGUAGUCAUGGCAACUGAUGCUCACGGUUUUAGAUAAAUGCAUUGCAGUAAA